GAAGCGCCAACCGUGAAGCCGUCACCGGGAGCCGUUGACAAGGGCCCCGAAUUAUUCCCGCACGGUAUUUGCCGGUCCGAGCGGCAUUCCUUCCCGCUUCGCCUCGCAUCAUACGGUUCCGGCCAAGCGCCGCCGCUCGCGUCCUCAGUAGUGAUCUCCCCUCUCUCUCCCACCCAGUGAUCGGCCGAUUAUUCGGAUUUUCUCUCUCUCUCUCCCGCUCUCUUGGACGAGCCUCGCUGCUCCUGCCGUUCAUUUGUGCUUGGAGAUUUAUGAAAUAAAUCGUAAAUGUUACUCAAAAAAUGGAUUUGACCCCCCAGGAAAAAGGAGAAUUAGUAUUGCUUCCAGUUACAGGGAACGGCGAUAGCUGCGGGCAGUCGUAUGGCGAGGUGAACCAACUGGGCGGCCUGUUCGUGAACGGUCGACCGCUGCCGAACAAGGUGCGACGGCGGAUCGUGGAGCUGGCCCACCUGGGGAUCCGACCGUGCGACAUCUCGCGGCAGCUGCGGGUCUCCCACGGGUGCGUCUCCAAGAUCCUGGCCCGCUACCACGAGACCGGCUCCAUCCUCCCGGGCGCCAUCGGCGGGAGCAAGCCCCGCGUCACCACCCCCAAAGUGGUGGCCUUCAUCAAGAAGCUCAAGCAGGAGGACUCCGGAAUCUUCGCCUGGGAGAUCCGGGACCGGCUCCUCUCCCGCGGGAUCUGCGACCGCACCAACGUCCCCUCCGUCUCCUCCAUCAGCCGGAUCCUGAGGAACAAGAUCGGCUCCAAGGUGGCCCAGCACAGUCACCACCACGCCAUCUACAACUCCAUCUACCCGACGUACAACCCCUACGCCCCGACGGCCCACUCGCCCACGUCCAUGGGGAUGGCCCCCUCGCUGAGCUCCUCCAUCCGCACCCCCUACUGGCCCAACUCCGCGCAUGCCAUGUCCGAGUACCUCGCCCACCACCAGCAGCAGCACCUCUGCUCCGAGCCCGGUGUCACUAGUCCUCAGAAUUAUUACCAUCAUAUGUACCUUAAUCAGGCGCCGCCUCCUAGUUAGGGGUACCACUCCCCCUUCUUUUGUGAUAACUACUCCGACCAGUAGAAAAACACACGUCUGGGUCACACCAUCAAACUGAGCCGUCAAUCCGGCGAGGCCAGGAUUCUGACUCGUUGUGCCAAUACCGAUCUGAGAUCUCUAGACUUUCGAAAUAUACCGGGGACAGUAAUUGAGGCGUUGGGGGAAGGGCAUUUCUUGGUUGCGGUGUUUCAGAAUCUCCGAGGCUAAUUUUUAUUUGAGAGAAAAAACAAUUGAGUGAAUUUUCUGGAAUUUUACAUUUUCAGCACUGUAAAAUCAUAAAAAAUAUUCUGUAAAGCUACGACAAAUUACAUACAUUUGCUUUCAUUAUAAUGCAUGAAACUUUAGCUGAGAUUUUGAGACACUGUGAUCAGGAAAUGCCCUUUUUGCACCCAGCGUUUCAAUUUCUCUGAUUGGUAUUCGCAGAACCAAUCAGAACUCUAACCUCGCUAGUUUGACUAACUUUAAUUUGAUCGUGUGACCCAGGCUAAAGAGAAUUCGAUAGAAUUGUGCUGCCAUGCCAAGGAAAAACGCCGUAAAAACAUUCGAAUGUUGCCGAAUUUCUCUCGAUGAAGAGAGCAUUUUUAAGGAAAUCAUGAUAAUAUUUCUGCGACUGUUUUAGAUGAUUCAGAUUAAAUUACCAGGGAAAUUCUCUGAAAAAUUGGAGGAUAAAUAUUCAUAAGUUUCUUAGAGAAUAUCGACGGUGAAACUA